AUGUCUGGAGAGGCUACAAUACAAGCCCUGGUACUACAUGGCGCAAAAGAUCUGAGGUUGGAAUCUAGACCUCUAACUUCUCCUCGAACGGGAGAAGUACAAAUCGCCGUGAAGGCCACGGGUCUUUGCGGCUCAGACCUGCACUACUACAAUCAUGGCCGCAAUGGUAACUUUGUCAUUCAGGCGCCUCUAGUGCUGGGCCACGAGGCUUCAGGCGUGGUCACUGCAGUGUCCGAGGCUGCCAAUGCAAUCGCAGGCUCUACCAUUCUGAAAGUGGGCGACAGGGUGGCAAUGGAAGUUGGAUUCCCAUGCCGCGCAUGUUCGCUGUGUACGACAGGGCGUUACAACUUAUGUCCGAAGCUUUCGUUCAGAUCAUCAGCCAAAACAUUUCCUCACGCCGACGGGACGCUUCAGACUAUUAUAUCCCAGCCCGCUGACAUGUGCCACAAGCUACCGGACAACGUCACUUUCGAGCAGGGUGCACUGGUGGAGCCAUUGGCUGUCUCCUUACACGCUCUCAAUCGAAGUCAAGUCGCAGGUUCUGGCUCUGGUGUCCCGUUGACUGGCUCAAGCGCUCUCGUUCUCGGCGCGGGCGCCGUGGGCAUGCUCACUGCGGCGGUCCUUGCAGCUGCAGGUGUUACAGAUAUUGUUAUUGCCGACAUCGAUGCUCCGAGGCUGAAAAUUGCUGCGGCGCUUGGGGGCGGCAGAUUUCAUCUCAAGACGUUCCUCCUACCCAAGAAACCAGCUGCGCCGACGAUUGAGGAGACACUAGCAGGUGCUCAAGAGCUCGCUGCCGAAGUGUCAAAAUCUGUUGGCUUAGAGACGGGGUUCGAUCGGGUUUUCGAGUGCACAGGUGUACCAUCAUGUGUACAGUUGGGAAUAUAUGCUGCCACUGCUGGCGGAAAGCUGAUUCUUGUUGGUAUGGGGAAUCCAACUCAGACACUGCCUUUGGGAGCGGCAGCCUUGAGGGAAGUCGACAUAAUUGGCGUUUUUAGAUACGCCAAUUGCUACCCAGCUGCCAUUGCUUUGUUCGCGAGUGGAAAGUUGGAUGGUGUGGCAGAGGAUCUGGUCACCCACCGAGUGAGUCUGGCAGACGGAGAAAAGGCAUUCAGGCUGGCAGCAAAUCAGGCCAGAGAAGGGGAGGACGAAGGUAGAGUCCCCGUUAAGGUGGUCAUUACUUCAUAG